UCCAGAAGUAACAUCUAUCCUGAAAUUGAUGAGUAUCACCAUACAUAUUUUGGAAUAGUUACUGCAUAGGUCUUUAGAACUUUUUCAUCUUGCAAAACUGGAACUCUCUACCCAUUGAACAAGAGUAACCCAUUUUCCCCUCCUGGUGUCUGCACUUUAUUUCCUACCUCUAUGCAUCUGACACUUUAGAUACCUCAUGGGGAAAUGGAGGCUAGAGACAAGCAAGUGCUUCGUUCUCUUCGCCUGGAGCUGGGUGCAGAGGUACUGGUGGAGGGACUGGUUCUUCAGUAUCUUUACCAGGAAGGGGUCUUGACGGAAAGCCAUGUUCAAGAAAUCAAAGCUCAAGCCACAGGCCUCCGAAAAACAAUGCUGCUGCUGGACAUCCUACCUUCCAGAGGUCCUAAAGCAUUUGAUGCAUUCCUAGAUUCCCUGCAGGAAUUUCCCUGGGUAAGGGAGAAGCUGGAGAAGGCAAGAGAAGACGCCAUAACUGAGCUGCCUGCAGACAAUAGGAUAGCUGGAAUCCCUCCGCACAUCCUCAGCAGUUCCCCGUCGGACCGGCAGAUUAACCAGCUGGCCCAGAGGCUGGGCCCUGAGUGGGAGCCCGUGGUGCUGUCUCUGGGGCUGUCCCAGACGGAUAUCUACCGCUGUAAGGCCAACCACCCCCACAACGUGCAGUCACAGAUGGUGGAGGCCUUCAUCCGCUGGAGGCAGCGCUACGGCAAGGAAGCCACCUUCCAGAGCUUGCACAGGGGCCUGCGGGCAGUGGAGGCCGACCCGGCAGUGCUCCAACACAUGCUGGAAUGAUGGCGCCUCCAUCCACCCGCUGGGGUGCACCCCAAGCCGCAUGUGCCCUGAGAUUACCUGAGGCCAGGUUACUCAGCUCUCCCACACUGGCUUGACAAUUCGUCGUUUUUAAUUGCUAGUAGAUUGCCUUGUUUUAAUUGUGUGCUUGCCUUUUAAUUUUAAACCUUAAUUAAAGGUUUUAAUUGUGUGCUUGCCUUUUAAUAGGUUGGUAAAUCAUAGCGGCUAAAAAAACAACGCUGUGUUAUCAUAUUACGUGCAGGUGUCCUGUAAAUAAAGCACCCACUUUUACUGAACUGUGGACUUUGGUAUUAAUGAUGACGAUAAUAAAAAGUGAAUUGCUAUAUAUAAUGUGGCCCUUUCAUAAGGAAGUAUUGUUUGGUGUUUUUUCUCAUUCUCAUAUUGCAUAGAUUAAAGGUGUAAAAUUACAGUAGCUGUUUGUUGGGAACGGAAUUGAUAGCAACCGGAAAAUGGUUACUUUCUUCCGUCAAGAUAAAUAGCUCAGGCAGGGUGUCUGCGUUAAAUUUAAGACACCAAAGCUCCCUGCAAAGACCAGGUCAAGUACCAGCAUGUAUACCUGAGCCCUUCUUCAUCUGUUAAUGAUUGCCCAAGAAUCCUGUGCGUUUACUUAAAGGAUUUAGUCUGGGGGACAAAAGGAGGCGUGGCCUUUCCAUUGAAGCCCUGAUAAUUGAAAUGUUAUGCUCUUAAGGAGUACGAUUUGGUCUUCUGUUCUUUUAUUAAUAAUACAUGAUAUUUGUCAAAUGCUUUACUCUUUUCGAGGCUUUUCAUAUAUGUGAUCUCAUUUGGACCUCACAAAAUUUUAUGAAGUAGUUGGGCAAGGGAGGUGAACCUCCUUCUGUAGCGAGAUUAAGUGACUUGCCAGGCGGAAUGAGCUAGAAUAUGUGCUUUGAAGCACUGCACCUGUGUGCCCUCUCCAACCUCUCCAAGCUAUGUCUCCUCCUUUGUCUUAAAUGCUAUUUGAAGAAGCCUGAGUCUUGCUCUCCUCCUGCUAGCAGCAUUGCCUUGGGGGAGUUACUUCACUAAGCCUCUCAGUUUCCUCAUUUGUAGACUGAGCAAAUGAUUGUCCCCACCUCCAAGAUUUUUGUGAUGAUAAAAGGAAUAAUGUCUACCAAGGGCUCAUCUAGUACCUGGCCGAGAGUCACCUCUCUGGAAGUGGUAGCUGUUAAGUUGCUGAUGUGGCUAGGCUGAACCUGGAUGCAGCUACAGGCUAAAGCUGAGGGCACCGCAGGAGAAAGUGCUAGCACCGGGCUUCUUGCUGAGCUUUAAAAUGUGGUGUGAUUUUAUUAACUCCACAAUGGGUCCAAUCAAGAAAGGGACAGGUGAUUUGGCCUUCUGAAUAAUUAUAGAAUCUAUUUCGUAGUUCUGACUUAACUCAGGAUUUUUCAAAGGGGGAAAAAAAAUCUACUUUUUACCUCUCUCUAUUCCUAUGUCAAGUGUGUAGAGUGGUAGAGUUGAACUGAAGAGGUGCUCAAAAAGAUGACAGUGGUGUGUUGAUGACAUCCUUUUAGAUGUCUGGUAACCAUAUUCCCUUUACUAGAAAAGAUUAGUUAUUUUACAGUUCAACAAACUGUUCAGAAGGAUGGCCGACUGGCUUCAUCAGCUCAAUUUUCUAUUUUGUAGCCCAGCCAUUCAUUCAUUAUCUUGUAAAAUUCUCAUACUUUGGCCCCAUCACUGCGUUUGGUGGUAGACUGUACUUCUACGACAUCUUUAAUAAACCGCUGCUCAUUUUGAA